AUAUACUGCCAGCAGAUGGCGUUACUCACGGGAAGACAAGUUGCCCUAAGUAUAAAAGACGUUUCUAGAUCUUGAUCUAAUUGUGUUUACUUCUGUGGACAUUGUUAAUCUCUUCGCUCCACGACUGUUUGUUUUAAAGUCAAUGAUCAUGUCAACUGUGAGUACACUCUCUCUAGCCUCAGUGUUGAUUGUGGUUUUGUGUAUCGCAGGCUUUACAGAUGCGUCGAGAACCAAGCGGGGCUUAAAUGCCUUAAGGAUGGCGAUCAACACUUAUACUGCGCGGUCUGCAUUGGAUUAUAACAACUAUGGAUGCUAUUGUGGAGCAGGUGGUGGCGGCAGAAUCAUGGACGCAGUGGACAGGUGCUGUUACGCUCAUGAUAGGUGCUACGAAAGUGUUUACAAUUCCUGCCGUCGUUCUGCCCAGUUCAUAUUUACACGUAUUUAUUGUAGCCAUGGCUCUUGCACUUGCGAAGAUAGACGUGGCACUUGUGCAUUUAAGGCUUGCACCUGUGAUGUCCUGUUCGGCCAAUGCUUGAGAGGUAAACCUUACAACAGAGCUAACAAAGGCAACUGCCCAGACGACUGAAGGCAACCAAAAGUUCUGAAGAGUGCAACACGUUGAAGCUGGACGACUGUCACGUCUCACGUAAACUAGAAUCUUUGAAAUAAAAGUUUUCAAAAUAUU